GGCGGGCAGAGAGGUUUUUUCCGUUUCCGGUGGAUUGGAGUGAGCGGUCCCGCGUUUGCUUUUACAACAAGAUGCGACCCCUGACUGAGGAGGAGACCAGCACCUUGUUCCAGAAGCUCUCGAAAUAUAUUGGAGAAAAUAUUCAGUUGCUUGUGGACCGACCUGAUGGCACCUACUGUUUCCGUCUCCAUAAAGACAGAGUCUACUAUGUAAGUGAGAAGAUUCUUAAACUGGCAGUAAAUAUCUCAAGGGAGAACCUGGUGUCUCUGGGGACCUGCUUUGGGAAAUUCACUAAGACCCAGAAGUUCAGAUUGCACAUCACCGCUCUCGAUUACCUGGCACCUUAUGCAAAGCAUAAAGUAUGGGUGAAACCUGGAGCAGAGCAGUCAUUCUUGUAUGGGAACCAUGUGUUAAAGUCUGGCUUAGGCCGAAUCACAGAAAAUACUAAUCAGUAUCAGGGACUGGUGGUGUACUCCAUGGCAGAUGUCCCUUUGGGUUUUGGUGUGGCAGCCAAGUCCACCCAGGACUGCAGGAAGGUGGAUCCCAUGGCGAUUGUUGUGUUUCACCAAGGUGACAUUGGGGAAUAUGUGCGCCAUGAAGACACGCUGAUAUAAUUAAUUCAUCUUAUGGACUUGUGGCCUUGUGAGAGCUGCUGAACUACAGAUUCACCCUUUACUGACUUAAUACACUGUGGCCUGUGGAUACCCUGUUGGUUGUUCUUCCCACUGCAGAGGCUCUGGGGCAGAGUGCAAGAAACACUGCACUUGGAAGUUGGAACCUGGGGUUUGGAUCCAGCCCUUAGGAUAGUUCCUGACACAUAGUAGGUGCUUGAAGAUUCAUCUCAUCUCUCAAGACACUUAGUAGCUGGAUGAUCCUGUGCAGAUUGCUUCCCUGGAUUCACCUGCCUCACAGGCUUGUUGGGAUCAAAUUAGAGAUAAAGUACUUAAAGCAAAAGUGGGAUAGAAAUAAUGAACUAUCAUUGUAACUCUGCAGGGUGAGCGCUUGUUUAGCAAGAAAGUAAGACAUUCUGAACCUUUUUUGUUUGAUACUGAUUAAAUUGAAUACCAUGUUUUAUAUGAAA